UUUAUACCAAUUUCAUUGUUUAGGAAUCAAUGCGCAAAGAAUGGGGAAAAGGACGGAGAGGGAAUGGGAGAAGGAAAAUAUUUUUUUAUCUAGCGCUUCUCUUUUUAAUAGGGCUUUUUAUUCAUUUAUCGGGCUUACUUAUAUUUAUUUAUUUAGGCAUUUUCUAAUUGGGCUUUUUAUUAUCCGGGCUUUCUAUUAUUUAUUUUCUAAAAAUUUGGGCUUUAUAAUUUAUUUUCUUAAUAUUUGGGCUUUCUAAAUUUUUCUGAAUAUUAACUUUUUAUAAUGGGUAUUACUUCUAUUUAAUCUAUAUUAGAUAAUUAUUAGCCCUUUAUUAAAUAGCCCAAUCAUUUUUAGCCCUUAAUUUAUUUAGCCCUUAAUUUUGCCCGUCGAUUUAUAUAGCGCUUUUAUUUAAUGCCCAGUAUUUUCUUAUGCCUUUAUUUUAAUUUUAUUUUAGCCGAUUAUCUUUUCCUAAUUUAUUUUUAACCUCCGGAGGGUUCUGACUUGCCGAAGCAUGCGCGCAGAGAGUUAGCCUAUCGCAUUCUACCCAGCUCUUAAUCUUACCGGCCGCCCAGGCCAAUGGAAAGUCGCAAAAUGCGAACCAUCCGGUGCUACCAGAAACACAGCACGCCAAUUGGAGCGUGCUGGUUAAGGCCUUUCCAUUUGG